AUGGGUCAACUAUUCACUCGAAUAUCAACGCAAAGAUCUGAACAACAAACAUCAUCAAUAAAUACGCAAAACAAUUUUAUUGCAAUGCAACUGAUUAUAAUGAAAGGAAAACUUAGUGAUCAAGAGAUAAUAUCAAAUGAAAGAAAAAUUCUUUUAAGUGAUAAUAACCAAAGUCUUCCUUUAUCACCUUCUUCACAAAUGUCAAAAAAUGUAGAACCUUCGAAAAAUAUAAAUACAACUAUUAGUGGUUCUUCACCAUCGGUAAUAUUUUUUCUUUUGACUCAACAAGAACAAUAG